AUGCCACGAAACGUAUUGCCAAACAAUUUUUUAAACCAAUUUAAAUCUAGAUUCUUAGAACAUGGUUAUCAACCGUUAGAUAAUAGUGAAUAUGAAGAAUUUAUUUCUUCAUUAUCUUCUUCUGACAAUUCUCGAAGAACAUCCUAUGAUAGUGACAUAUCAUCAUCAUCAUCAUCAGAACAAUAUCAAGAUACAAAUGAACUUAGUGAUAGAUCAGAAAACGAACAACAAAUUCAUUAUGGUUCAGCAAAACGAGUUAUAUCUCAAAAUUCUCAAGAAAAAUUCGAAAUUUUUUAUGAAAUUCACAAUGGUUUUACAUCAGAUCAAGUAUUAAUUAUUGAAAAUGCUUUACAAAUUGUUGCUGAUAGAUUAUUUAAACCAGAAAUUUUACGAAAUCUAUAUGAAAUUUGCGGUAAAUCUGAUUGUUUCUUAACACAAGAAGUUUUGUCACAAUCAAACUUAAUACAAAGUUCAAUUUAUUUCAAUAAAUAUUUAUUAUUACAUUAUCAAUUAAUGUGUCUCAAAGUUCAAAGUGAAAAUGGUGAGAUGCCAAUCAUAAAUAUUUAUCCAAGCCAUGAAAAAAAUCAAAAUGAAAAUAACAAUUCUCUUCCGUGUAUUUUUUGUAUUUCUCAUGGAUCAUCAUUUUUAAUUGAUGGUGAAUUCGAAAUUGAAUUAAAUCAAGAUAAACUUAAUGGAUCUGUUAAAAACGAUUCAAAUGCAUUAUUUUGGGCUGGAGAAAUUGUUUAUGAAAUGCUUCGAAAUUUAGGUCAUCAAUCCAAUAAAAUUUGUUACACAAAUCGAUCGCAAAUUAAUGUUUUUAAACAAUGUUUUUUACAUAAUGGAAAUUAUAUUCCUAUGAAAAAAAAAUGA